AUGCGUGACUUUGUGAUUUUCCUCACCAUUUCCAUGCUGCUUUUGCUGGCCGGCGCGGGCCUUUUGGCCGGCAUCCACGACAACUACCUUCACAAAACUACUGCUACCACUAAUGCUGCUGAAGCUACCCUCACGCUCAAGGCCAAGCUCGAAACUCUCACCGAAACCGCCUCCAAAGUCACCCAUAUCAGUCCCUUCUCAACCAUCAGCAACUUUGGCCUCUCCACCUUCAAGAUUCAUGUCAGAGAAGACUACAUCUCCACCACCUCUGCCAUUCUCACCUCCACUGUCACCAUCAACUGCGACAACAAGUGGUGCCAGGACGGUACCUCUCUGUGCGCCUACUGGGCUGGCAUCACUGGCUGGGAUCCUGCUGAAGGCCCGAUUCCUGGCGAAACUGUCGCCUCUAUCGGCAAGUGCACCGCCGUUCCUACUCAGGCUGAAAACCAAAAGCGCAGCACUGUCAACCAUAUGCUCAUCACCCCUGCACCUUUUUCUUCCUCCGUCGAUUGUAAGUACAAGUACUGCGACAGCAGCACUCAGUAUUGCAUGUACUGGGCCGGAGUCACUGGCUGGGAUCCUUCUCUCGGACCCAUUCCCGGCAUGACACGUACCUCUCUUGGUGCUUGCCAGGCGCCUCCCACGGCUAUCACCAACACUAUUACCCUUCCGACCACCUUGGUGACGAAGAAGUGUACCCGAUCUAACUGA